GGGCUCUGGUACGGUGUGGUUUAUUUUUACACAUUUGUUAUUUAAAACGAAAUAAAGAAAAUUAAUUAAAAUUAAGUGUUGUGUGUUGUAUUUUAGAAAUAUUACAAUAAAUUUAAAUUCUUUAUACAAGACUUUUUGUUAAAUAUAAGUGAAAAAAUGGCUACGUUACCGCCACGUAAAAAUCCCACACCAACUCGUAUAUCUAAACAACAUUUAACGCCUCUACAAACUUUACUACAAAUGGGCUUCCAAAAACACAGAGCAGAAAAGGCUUUAGCAUCUACUGGUAAUCGUGGUGUACAAAUUGCCUCCGAUUGGCUUUUGGCUCAUGUUAACGAUAAUACCUUAGAUGAGUGUACACCGCGUGAAUAUAUUUUAUAUGCCUGUCCAACAGGACCAUUUCUACAACAACUAGAAGAAUUUUGGACAAAAUCCAGACAAGUGUGCGGCUGGAAUGGAGCCCACAACUAUGUGCCACAUAUUACUUUAGUAUCUUUUUUUAAGGCUCCCGAUGAAUGUUCCCUGCAGCUGUCCAAGGCUUUAAAACAAGUAGUGGAUAUGACCGGAGCAUUGCUAGAUCGCCCCAUUAAACUGGAAUUAUAUAUGAGUCAAAAUUUUAUGGGCUUUUUUGUGGCCGAAGAUGAUGCUAAUUAUUUAAAACGUUUGGCUUUGCAAUACGUUAAGGAAGUUUCUAACUCAAUAAUUAGUGAUACUUAUGAGCAACUUGAUGCCAUUGUGGCUUGUUUUCCCUGGUGUGGUGCUGUCUCAUCGGGUAAUCGUUGUAUACCACGUAGCAGUCGCUGUAACGAUUCAUUGGAACCACAUGUGAAAUCAUUGCACCUGACUUUAGCCUAUCAAUUUCCGCAGACUCAAUUUAAUGCUCUAAAAACUUUAGUGGAAUCACUAGAUGCGUCAUGUGCCUCCAAUUGGGAGCUACGUUUAUAUUCGCGUGAUCCCAGAUUAGCUACAAAACAAGUACAUAAAGUUGUUUAUCCUCACAGUCCUCACGAAAUUGAUGAGUUGGAACUACGUAUUGGAGAUUAUAUUUAUUUGAAUAGUGACGCUGUUGAUAAUUCAUCAGACGGCUGGGCUGAGGGUAUAUCUUGGUUAACCGGUGCCCAUGGUCACUUGCCUGUUAAUUAUACCGAACGUACGGCUGAAUCGGAUGCUUGGACUUUACAUCGUGUUGUGCAAUUGUCAAAAUCAAUAACACCUUCAUUAACUUCAGCCGAAGAGUGUGAUAUGGUCGAUGGUCGUAGCAUUUCAACAGAAACAGAAGAACAAACAUCACGUCAUCAUCGCGAUUUGCCACACAAUCUAAUUGAGGGUUCCUCUUUUAAUGAGGAUUCAGAACAGAGUGUUGAGAAAUAUUUACGCAAAACCUUAAAACCCUGUUUGGAUUUACAUUCCCUGAAUAAUCACAACAAUCCCAAUCAACAACAAUCUACACCUCUUAUUGAAAUUACACCGAAUAGCAUGUCUACUCCCAAUGCUAGUGACAUUAAAGUGGAGCCUAUACCGGUGGCUCCUCCCAAGGCCGAUGAUACAUUGAGUCAACAUUCGGCCGAAAAUUCUUUAUCAAUAUCAUCGAAAAAUCGUCGUGUUUAUAUUAUGCGUCAUGGCGAAAGGGUCGAUUACUUUGGCGCUUGGAUACCAUAUUGUUUUGAUGAGUUCAAUAAUUAUAUGCGUAAAGAUUUGAAUAUGCCGAAAACACUGCCAAAAAGAAAUAAUUGUCCCGAUGGUUGGCAAAAUGAUUCGCCCCUAACUAAUAUUGGUUUGCAUCAAGCCAGUUUAAUAGGUGAGGCAUUAUAUGAUGCUCGCGUACAAAUUGAUAAUGUUUAUUGCUCACCGGCAUAUCGUUGUAUUCAAACUUGUACCAGUGCUUUAGAAGGUCUCAAACUAACCGGAAAACAUAGAAUAAAAUUAGAACCUGGUCUAUUUGAGUGGAUGGCUUGGUAUCCUGAAGGUGUACCCGAUUGGCUUAACAAAGAGGAAUUAAGAGAAGCUAAUUAUAUAAUAGAUAAUGAAUAUCAACCGUUUGUAACUGUUAAUAAACUAAAUGGGUAUAAAGAGACAACAGAAGAUUUUUAUACACGUAACUAUGAAGUUUUGAAGAAAAUUAUUGAAUCAACAAGUGGCAAUAUCUUAAUUGUAGCCCAUGCCACUACCCUUGACACCUGCACCCGCCAACUGAUUGGUGAGGCUCCCCGCAACACCAAUGAAUUGCGUCAUGUUAUACACAAAAUACCAUAUUGUAGUUUAGCCAAUGUUGAGGAAAUUGAUGGCCAAUGGAAACUAGUUGAACCGGAAUGUUUACCCGUUACACAUUCUAAAAAUCCUCGCUUUGAAUGGAAUGCUUUGACUGCCACAUAGUGCAAGUGCUUCGAGGAGUUUAUCAAUAAACUUUCUUCUUCUUAAGUAAAUAAAUCAAUCUAAAAUCUAAAUACAACCUACUCAAAUACAUGAGAAUAUAUAAUAUUGCUUCUUAUUUAUUGUUAUUAACUUUACACGUACUUUUUUGUUGCUUUUAUUUUUUUGCCUGUUUUAUAUAUUUUAUUUUUUCAGUUGUUGUUUGGAUUUUAUGUACAACAAAAAACAAGAACAAUUAUGUUAUACCAUUUGCAAAUAAAGUAAAGAGGUGGGAUGAACAAUCUUUUGUAAAAAAUUGUGUGUUUUAAUUAGAUAUCUUAAUAUCGAUGGGAAAAUUUUAGAUAUUUUUAGUUAUUUGGAGACGAAUUUUACAGAAACAGAAAAAAUAUUGGAACUACUUUGGCUUUUUAAUGGUUUUUACAAGUUAAAUAUAAAAUUUUACAAGUUCAUCGCUUCAUCGCUUUACUUUAGUUUGCACAAUUCUUAAGGUUGUUUUAUAAAAUACUAUUUUAAGCAAUUUUAUUUACUUAUAUAAAUACAUUUAAGUUGUCUUUAGAAUACAGAACCAGAAAGAAACAAACAA